UCAGCCCUACUUCACCAUUCCACCGUCGGACAAAGCGUCGUCUCUCCGUCUGUAAUACGGCACCGCUGGAAAAAAACACCGGCUGGGAGAAGAGACGGUCGUUUUUACAGCGACCCUCCUCCCGCGGUUGUGACGCUUUUUUGUUACGGUCUGAAGUGUGGCUCACAAAGGAUUAGCAGCCGUGCGGGAAUACCGCCCUCAGCGAGCUAACCGGACAGACCCCGCCUCUUCUUAAUUUGUCAACAAAGGGGUUUGACAAGUUCGGAGAAGCCCUGCCUCCAUUUUCCCUUAAAAGGAUGAUUUGGCCAUACACGGCCAACCACCGCGCCGCGGGUAGCCGUUUUCCCUUCCACAUCCCUGUUCAUAUGGUGCGUUGACUUCCUCCGUCGCCGUUUAAGCGGAGCUAUCAUGGCAGAGCGCGUACAGCUGCCCCAUGCCAAGCGGCUCUGCUGUAGACCGGGCUACAGUUCGACAUGUAGGCAAGGCCAGCGGGCCGCGUGGGCGCCGUGCGGCGUCUCGGGAGCCACUCAGGGCGAGUCGAGCAAAACCCAGAGCCCGGAGACUCUGCUUGACACCGCGGCGAGGAGAGUCGCGGAGAAGUGGCCGUUCCAGCGGGUAGAGGAGCGCUUCGAGCGGAUCCCGGAGCCCGUCCAGCGACGGAUCGUGUACUGGUCCUUUCCGAGGAGCGAGCAGGAGAUCUGCAUGUACUCGUCGUUCAACGCGGGCGGGGAGGAGAUCGCGAGUAGCGGGGAGAGCGGCGACGACACGCGGCUACCGUUCCGACGGGGCAUCGGUCUGCUGGAGAGCGGCUGCGUGGACAACGUACUGCAAGUCGGUUUUCACCUCAGCGGCACAGUGAGGGAUCCUGCCACAUCUUUGGAGCCCGAGCAAGUGUGCAAUGUGAGCGUCAGCUUCGACCGUUGCAAAAUCACGGCGGUAACAUGCAGCUGUGGCAACAAGGACAUCUUCUACUGCGCCCACGUUGUGGCGCUCUCGCUGUACCGAAUACGGAAGCCUGAGCAGGUCAAACUGCACCUGCCCAUCUCCGAGACUCUUUUCCAAAUGAACAGAGAUCAGCUGCAGAAGUUUGUGCAGUACCUGAUCACGGUGCAUCACACGGAGGUGCUGCCGACAGCGCAGAAGCUAGCAGACGAAAUACUGUCGCAGAACUCAGAGAUCAACCAGAUUCACGGAGCUCCAGAUCCGACGGCGGGGGCCAGUGUGGAUGAUGAGAACUGCUGGCAUCUGGACGAGGAGCAGGUGCAGGAACAGGUGAAGCUCUUUCUCUCGCAGGGUGGGUACCACGGCUCUGGGAAGCAGCUCAACUUACUGUUCAGCAAGGUGAGGGAGAUGCUGAAGAUGAGGGAUUCCAACGGCGCUCGCAUGUUAACGCUGAUCACAGAGCAGUUCAUGGGCGACCCCAGACUGGUGCUGUGGAGGCAACAGGGAACCACCAUGACUGACAAGUAUAGACAGCUGUGGGAUGAACUAGGGGCUCUGUGGAUGUGCAUCGUGUUGAACCCCCACUGUAAACCCGAGCAGAAAGGUUUCUGGCUUCGACAGCUUCGCAGGUGGAACAGGAUAGACGUCUGCCCCUUGGAGGAUGGUAACCAUGGCAGCGAGCUGACCAAUCUGACCAACGCGCUGCCCCAGGGUCCCCCCGGCAACCCAGACUCACUCACUCGGCCUCACCGGACCGUGUUCACGCGGGCAAUCGAGGCCUGCGACCUGCACUGGCAGGACCCCCACCUGCAACACAUUCUCAUGGAGGACCACUACACCCACUACUGUUACCAUGACAACCUAGACAGCUCCCUCUUCGACGGCCGAGGGUGGCCCCUGUGGCACGAGCAUGUCCCCACUGCCUGCGCCCGAGUGGAUGCCCUGAGAUCACACGGUUACCCCAAGGAGGCGCUCAGGCUGGCCAUCGCCAUAGUCAACACACUGAGGAGGCAACAGCAGAAACAACUGGAGUUCUUCCGCACUCAUAAAAAAGAGCUGCUCCAUAAAGGCAUAACAUCAGUUACGAACAUGGACGGUUGGGUGGGCCACCCUCUGGACCCCAUCGGCACACUGUUCAGCACCCUGAUGGAGAUGUGGCAGGGCAGUGAGGACAGAGUCCUCGACUUCUCAGGCUCGCUAGGACCAGGGAAGAUUAUGGAGCAUCCUGUUUUCCAGACGCAGCAUUUCCUGGAAGAUGGAGAGUCGUUUGUGUCGCUGGCUGUGGAGACGGCCCUGAUUGGUUUGGGGCAGCAGAGGGUGAUGCCGGACGGCCUCUACGCCCAGGAGAAAGUGUGUCGCAACGAAGAACAGCUAUUGGCCAAGCUCCAGGAGGUCGACUUAGACGACUUGUUGGUGAAAAUCUUCCAGAAGCAAGCCGUUUUCCUGCUAGAGGCUGGUCCUUACAGUGGUCUGGGAGAAUUACUCUACAGAGAGAGCGUGCCCAUGCACACCUUUGCCAAGUAUCUCUUCACCUCGCUACUACCUCAUGACGUCGAACUGGCAUACACAAUUGCACUGAGGUCCAUGAGAUUGCCAGUCCUGGAGUCCACGGCCCCGUCUGGUGACCUGUCCCGGCCUCACCAUAUAGUGUCGGUGGUGCCCAACCGCUACCCACGCUGGUUCACUCUCAGCCACAUAGAGACCCAACAGUGUGACCUGGCGUCCACCAUGCUCACUGCUGCUAAAGGCGAUUCUCGUAAGCUCCAAACAGUGUUAGAGUCCAUACAGAAGAACAUCCAUUCCUCAUCCCACAUCUUUAAACUGGCCCAGGAUGCCUUCAAAAUUGCCACCCUCAUGGACAGCCUGCCAGAUAUUAUACUGCUCAAAGUCUCCCUGGAGCUGGGCCUUCAGGUGAUGAGAAUGACCCUGUCUACCUUGAACUGGCGGAGGAGGGAAAUGGUGCGAUGGCUCGUCACUUGUGCUACUGAAGUUGGUGUGUUUGCACUCGACAGUAUCAUGCAGAGCUGGCUCAACCUCUUCACCCCCACUGAAGCCACCAGUGUUGUGGCUAGCACGGUCAUGUCCAACAGCACCAUCGUCCGCCUGCAUUUGGAUUGCCAUCAGCAGGAGAACCUGGCCAACUCUGCUCGCACCCUGGCCCUGCAGUGUGCCAUGAAGGACCCCCAAAACUGUGCCCUGUCAGCUCUGACACUUUGUGAGAAGGAUCAUAUUGCCUUCGAGACAGCCUACCAGAUUGUACUAGACGCAGCCGCUACAGGAAUGAACUACACACAGCUGUUUACAAUAGCACGUUACAUGGAGCACCGUGGUUAUCCUAUGAGAGCGUACAAACUAGCAACAUUAGCCAUGACUCAUCUGAACCUCAGCUACAACCAAGACACACACCCAGCCAUCAACGACGUGCUCUGGGCAUGUGCACUCAGCCAUUCGCUGGGGAAAAACGAACUGGCAGCUGUCAUCCCCCUGGUGGUGAAGAGUGUGAAAUGUGCCACCGUCUUGUCGGACAUUUUGCGGCGGUGCACAUUAACGACACCAGGCAUGGUGGCACUACACAGUCGAAGGAACUCUGGGAAGCUGAUGUCUCUGGACAAGGCUCCACUCAGGCAGCUACUGGAUGCCACUAUCGGGGCCUACAUCAACACGACUCACUCUCGGCUGACGCACAUCAGCCCACGCCACUACAGCGAGUUCAUCGAGUUCCUCAGUAAAGCCAGAGAGACGUUUCUCAUGGCACAAGACGGACACAUCCAGUUCACUCAGUUCAUAGACAACCUGAAACAGAUAUACAAGGGCAAGAAGAAACUGAUGAUGCUCGUUCGAGAAAGAUUUGGUUGAAAGACGAUCAAAAGACCAUAUUGCCCUUUUUUACUUGACUCCUUUUUUAUCCUUUCUAACUUGAAGUGAAGAUCCACUUAAAACAACAUUCACAUAUCUUAUUCCUAUGAUUUGGGACUGCUGGGUCUAAUGUGAUAAUGGACUACAGGAAUGUGAUUAUAUGCACAUCACGUAAAGGUGCAAGGCUGUGUAAAAAGCUGCAUCGAUGAGAAAAGGUAACUGCUGAACACAGACUACAAACCACAACAUUUAUUGAAAAAAAGAAAAGAAAAACUUUUUAUCUUUGUCAGGUCAAAAUGCUUAAAUGGAUAACACACCCAUAUACAUAUAACAAAGAACAUGGUAUGAUAUAUCAAAGGUAUUUCAAAGCAGUUAAUAAUGCAAAACAUUGAAAAUGUUAACAUUGAUUAAAAGAGGAAGACAUGUCUCAUAAAUAAAUAGUACGCUUGGGUAAUGUAUAUUUUUUCAUUUCCUUACGCCCUCCCAAAAUUUUGCCACCAUGAAAUUUUAUAUUUCAUGAUUUGUUGACGAUAUUAAUAAUGAAUUAAUUUUGAAGUAGUCAUUGUCCAGUUACUUGGAUACAUCUUCCUGGGAUUAAGGGUGUUAGGCCUAUUUCAUGUUUUAGCACUGUGGAUAAAGAUAAAUACACAAUAGCCAAAAACUUGCCAACCAUUUCUACCUCUACCUCUAAAUAUUGUUGGCCAUUGUAAAUCCCUUUUUGCAAGGAAAUUUAUUUCAACUUUAAACUACCUUUUUCAUCAAUACUACACAAAAUGUAUCUUUCACAUUACUCAAUAUUUUAUUGCCAAACACAUGAAAUAGAAGUAGGAUAUAUCAAUAAAAAUAUCCCAAUAUCACCCAAGCCUUGCAAACAUAUGCAUUGUACUUUAGAGUGGAUGGUUGAGGACAUGACAAGAAGAAGUUAUACCCUGACCAAAUCGAAAUUUGAAGAGUUUUGACCUGACACAUUUUUAGACGAGGAUGGAAACGUAUGCAUAAAGGUUGUGACUUGGAGUAAAUGUGCAGUGUCUUUCUAAUCUAACAUGAUAAUUAACAAUUUCCUGAAGGGAGAUAAUUAGACUGUAUCAAGCGUCAGCAUUAGCACAGACAGGUCUUAGUGUGGGAAGACUAAUCAGACAGACCAAAAUCAUAGGAUUGAAAUAUUAAAUAUGCUUUAAGGGUACAUUUUCUCAAAAAAAUUAAUAAGUUGGAAAUGAAGGGGGAAAAAGUCUGUAGACCCUGAAGCAACACAUGGUAUUGAUGUGUAUAAACUAUUAUGUCUGCAGAAGCUGAGAACUGUCAAUUUGUGUAAGUUUGUGCGUUUCCCUUUAUAUGUAUGAAAGUGGGAGAGUAAGAGUUUUACACUGAGUAUAUACUGUAUUGUCUAAUGGCAAAUUGUCCACCUUGCACUACUCCUAUGUCCCUCAGUUAAUAUCCACAGCCUCAAAGAGAAAACAAACGGCUUUAAACCAAAUGGAACAACUCCAUCUGAAGUAUCAAGUACCUCUUUUUAGAGGGAUAGUUAAGUGAUUUUGAAGUGGAGUUGUAUGAGUUACUUAUGCAUAUUUAAAAUGUUACCUUAUUACUGCGCCAACUAGCGCCAGUGCAGAGCAGCAGAGUAUCACUCAGCCAAUCAGCUGUUCCACACAAAGCUAGCGAGUUGGCCCACUAAUACAUGGCCGAAGUAAGCUUGAAAAAAAAAGUGCAUACUUAAACGGCUGUCUGGCGGCAAACUAAAGCAGUGUAAAAGUACAUCCUUUAGCAUACAAUUGAACAGAUAUUAUUAUUUUAUUUUUUUAAAGGUAAAAAUAUGUUUUUCGGCGGUCCCCUCUGCAACAGUGGGACUCAGACUUUCGCUACUUCCACUUCUCUUCCUAACUCCGUAAAAUGACAUUGCUGAUCACCAUCUCCAUAAGGUAACAUUAUCUAUGCAUAAGUAACUCAUACAACCCCACACUGAAGUAUACCUUUAAGGACCCAGCUUUACCCAAGCCUCAACCAUCUGCUCAAUAAGGUGAUAGAAAAAAUCUAAAUAGAUGAUAAAAAUUCAUUAACUGGGUCGAUGUGUUCCUGCCCUCUUCAGGCUGAUUAUUUUGGCUUUUCAGUGUUGUCUCAAACGUUCAAUAUGCUUCAUUUACAGACCAUUUGCGUUAAGCAAACAACAACAAACUGUCAAAGUGCUUGCCCCUGUUGAAACUUUUCAACUGUCAACAGCAUUCUCAGGGAUUUCUGUAAAAACAAAAAAAAAGAAGACAAAAAAAGAGAACAAAAGCAUUUUAAUGUGCUGUAUAUAUGAAAGUAUACGUCUGAAUAUUGAAAAAAAAAUGAUAUGUUAACUAAUUUAUGACAGAAUAUUCUAUGUGGGGCACAAUUCUUGAAGCUGCAGUACUUUUGGUUUUUGAAACAAGAAAAAAAAAUAUAUCAGAAGGACUUCAACAUGUCCGCCUUGCAUCGCAUCAGGGGCCAGUGGAAACAGAAGACACACAAAGUACAUGCUGCCAAGUUUUACUCUGCAGACAUGUUAAGAUCUGCAGCAAACUAGCCACAAAGAAGACGGGAAGCGGACAUGCUCAAUGUGUUUUCUUCUGAAUACAGAAGUGUAUUGAGGGUGGUCAGAGAGAGGACUGUGGCGCCAGCAGCUGCUGCGACACUCCAGUUGACAGAAAGCUGCCCUCAUGUCUCCUCCUGCAGUGUCCAUGCCUCCUCUACUGACAUCUAAACAUAUUCAGGACAGAAAAAUGAGUCCUGUAUUCUGCAACUAAUUUUACCGAAGACUAGCAGUAAAUUACAACUAUGUUUUAAAGAAAUGACCACACGUUUUGGCUAAUUUGUCGCGCUUUAUUAGGGUCUGCAAAUUCCAAUUUAUUUCCAGAUAACGUCUUGGUAAGAUUCCUAGAAGAACCAUUUAAUUUGCUGGUAAUUAUGGGUAAAAUAGAGAGUCAAGUAGUGAAAACUUUCCCAAUUUCAACACCUUUUUUGAAAUGAUUCGCAAUUUUUUUUUAGGUAAUUACUAGGAAAGCUUCCCUGGAAACUAGCUGUUAAAUACAGAGCCCCUAAAAAAACCAUUACAGAAAGUUGCUUUAUACUGUAGGCUUUGACUGUUCCACUUUUUUUCUUUUUUCUAUUUCUCCUCUUAAAUUGUUUUAAUUUCUCUUUAGAAUUCGUCACACAAGAGCCUUCUUUAUUGCCUUGGCUUAAUGCUUUAAAAUAACCAAAUGGGAGUUUGAACUACCAAAACUUUUUCAUAGGUCAGCUGACUUUUGGUUACAACUUUUUAUUGUCUUUUCAUUUUUAGUUUGACUGUAUUCUGUGCUUAAAAAGCUUGUGUUGUCUCUUAGAGGUCUAUUGGUAGCUCCUAUGUUUAAAAGCGAAUUAUACUCCCUUUUAUUUAUUACGUUAGGUAAAGGAUUGUACAACCCUGUCGACAUGCUCAUGAAGUUGAAACUAAGAUUUGAUACACUGAUCGAUUUAUUUAUGUAACUAAAUCACUGUUUUAUAAACUUGUUAAUGAAUCAACAUUUUGUUUGGAUUAAAUUAGUUUUUUUACAACA